GCACUGAGGCCAGGGUGACGUCAACGACGAAGAACGCACGCGAGCGCGCACCACUCGCUCUCGUGCCCCACGUGCGUGACCUUCUAGAAGCCAUUUGAACGACCGGGCCACGCCUCGUCUCGGCGCACUCCUUUAGCCUGUGGCAGCAAGCUUUUCCAUCCCAAUCCCUCGCCAAGAUCAGCAUGAGCGCCUUCAAGGAGAAGUGGUCGACCAACCUGGAGUUCAUCUGCUCCUGCAUCGGCUACUCCGUGGGGCUGGGCAACCUGUGGCGGUUCCCGUACGUGGCGUACAAGAACGGAGGCUCUGCCUUCCUGGUGCCCUACAUCAUCAUCAACGUGCUCAUCGGCCGGCCGAUCUACUACGUGGAGCUCCUCCUAGGUCAGUUCAGCGGUCAAGGACCCCUGGGCGCUUUCCGUAUGUCGCCCAUGUUCCAGAAACCCAUGCGUCGCAUAAUAUCGCUUCCCACAAUGCGUAAGAUCUGCAUAGUUUUUUUUUUCUUUUUGCACAAUUUGGCUUUUUUUCCUUCUCGCACGCCGCAGGGCAAUGCAUUCGGCAUGAUGUGGGGCGCUUUCGUGACGACCAUCUACUACCAGAUGAUAAUCACAUACGCCGUGCUCUACCUCUACCACUCAUUCAAGAGCCCGCUGCCGUGGACAGACUGCUACGAAUGGUGGGGCGUUCCCCUGGAAGGAUGCUUCGCACGCCGCAAGAUGAACCGCGUGUGUGCCAACAUCCGCAAGAGCGUCGUCAUCGCGGGCAUCAACGACACACAGGUCGAGUCGCCCGUCGUGGUCACCUACGAGGGCAACAGUGUGCUGCUGUCGCAGAGUGAGUACAACAGCCGCUUCGCCGGCUGCAUAGACGCCAACGCCUCGUCGGUCGACAUGUUCUACAACCGAGUGGUUCUCAACGCGUCGUCUUCCUUCGAGAAGGUCGGCUUCGUGCAACCCAAUCUGGUUAUCUGUUACGCCAUCUGCUGGGUCAUCAUAUUCCUCAUCAUAUUCAAAGGAAUAAAGGUCAGUGAUGUGGUUUACGUGUCAUCCGGCAGGCCUGAAGCGAUGCUCUACCCGCGGCAGGCGUGCGCGGCAGGCCGUCGGACUGCAGCAUAUGCCUUUCACCUAGAAACAAAAAAGCAUGAGAAAGUAUGGCUUGCACGUGACGUCACGGGCACAGCUUGCCACCGCAACGGUUUACCAAUAUGGUGGCUAAGGUGGCGUCAGCGUAAUCCAUCUACAAGCGCUGAAAUAGUGCCUUGCCGUGGUCCUGUUGAGAACCGACGUUUUCAAUACGUGAGGUUCACUGCACGUUUGCCUGUACUAAGGCUUUCUCUCUCUCACCCAUCGUUGCAGGUGGUUGGUAAGGUGGUCCUGGUGACCGCCACGGCCCCGUACGUCAUUCUGACCGUCAUGCUUAUUCGUGGCAUCACGUUGCCCGGAGCCAGCAUCGGCUUGCGGUACCUCCUCGUGCCCCAGUGGGACACGCUGUUGAGCCCGACUGUGUGGCGUGCGGCCACUGAGCAGACCUUCUACUCGCUAAGCAUUGGCACCGGGGGUCUUCUGGUGUACGGCGGCUACCAGCCGUUCCGCAACGACAUGUCGUCCAGCGUCGUCUUCAUCUGCUUCGUGGAUUUUCUGACCAGCGCGUUCGCCUCCCUGGUGGUGUUCUCGGUCCUGGGAAACAUGGCGCACACUCUGGACAUUCCCAUCGCGGACGUGGUCGCCGCGGGGCCAGGCCUCGCUUUCAUCACCUACCCCGAGGCCCUGUCCCUGAUUCCGUUUCCCAACCUGUGGGCGGUGCUGUUCUUCGCCAUGCUCUUCUUUCUGGGCGUCGACUCGCAGAUGGGCAACUGCGAGUUCCUCACCAAUUCCAUCCAGGAGCUAUUCCCCUUCUUCGCGAAGAAGCGCAGCGCGACCGCCUUCAUGUACUGCUCGUUCUGCUUCCUCAUCGGAUUGUCCCUCACCACGCAGGCUGGCCUGUACGUCCUAACGAUCCUGGACAACUACUUGGGCGCCCUGAUCGUUCUCUUCACCUGCCUGGGCGAAGCCAUCAUCGUGGCGUGGAUAUACGGCAUGAACCGCUUCUGCUUCGACGUUACUUUCAUGACGGGUAGCUGUCCUAGCUACUUCGUGGUCAUUGCAUUCAAGUACUGUGCGCCCGUGGUCCUGGGAAGUUUUCUGGUCUACAGUCUGUACGAUUUCCCGCGAAGCAGCGUUGGCGAUUACAUCCUACCUCUGUGGGCCGACUUGUUCGGCUGGGCGUUGGCGGUGGUGGGGCUCGCACCGCUCGUCAUCAUCGCCGUGGUCAAACUGGCGCAGUGUCGAUUCAGCUGGCGCCGAGCAGCUUACCCCGAGACCGACUGGGGUCCUAGUGAAACCAAGUACCGGGUCCACUACCGCGAGCGGCUACUUGAGGUCGGCCUCGCCGAGCUCCAAUACCACAAGAUGUCGGCGACCGCCUCCACUUCACCCAACAUGGAACGACGGCCACCGUCUCGGGAAAUCGGUAGCGAGAAACGCGUCUACCCGCGGCCCAAAGGGCUGAUGUGAAUUCUUUGACCCUCAGCGCAGAAAAGUUGAAGCAGCAUCUUUAGGCUGGGAAUAA